AUGGAUAAAAUACAACUAAAAGACCUGGAUAUUAGUCUGGUGGACAACAAACGGAACUACAUAUCGGGCGACACAGUGUAUGGUACGGUCUACGUCAUCACAAGGGAGGCCAUACUUAUGGCGACCAAAAGACAUACAUUCACUUUGACUAUAGAAUUCCCGAUCAAUGUAUGUAUUAAGGGUGAAGUGGGGAUAAUUGAUACACUGGGCAUUGCACCAUCGUACGAGAGUGACCACGGAUUGAUUGAAUACUAUUUGAAAGUAACUAUCGAUGAGACGACUGUGGAUGAGGUGCAGACGGUUAAGACAGGGAUCACAGUGUCGGUUGGCGGCAAUGUUGAUAAGGUGUUUACGUUUCCCACCGUUGGAACUGGAUCAAUCAGAAUGCACGCUAGUGUGGUGAGAAAAGGGUUUGAAUCAGGACACCCCCUAGAAGUGGACUGCUUUAUAUGGAACGAGUCGAGUCUGGACGUAAAACCCCGGGUCACUCUAUACCAGACAAAGGUCUACAUAUGUGGCGAACGGCAUAAGGCUGUGGAUGUGGCCCUUACGGAAGCCCUCGUGGGUCAGGUGGUUAAGGGUAGCGCCAAACUCUAA